GUUCGACUUAGAAGAUGACGACCACUCUUUCUGUGCUGCAAGAGGAGCUGGCUUCUGUUGACAGUGAGCUUCAGGCGGUGGAGCUGCAGGUUCAAGAACUUCUGGAGCGCCAGCAGGAACUUAUUCAGAAGAAGGCUGUGCUGAAGAAGAAAAUAAAGGAGUAUUCUGACACGGAGAGCGGGGGCAGUAAAGACACCGAAUCGACUGCUGAAGCUUGGAACAAGGAAGAUUUUCCUUGGUCCACAAAGAUCAGAAGCGAGCUGCAAAAGAGCUUUACGCUGCAGAAGUUCAGGGCUUUGCAACUGGAGACGAUCAACGUUACAAUGGCAGGAAGAGACGUGUUCCUCGUCAUGCCGACUGGCGGAGGAAAGAGUCUGUGCUACCAGCUACCGGCAGUAUCUUCUGAUGGUUUCACCCUUGUGAUUUGUCCUCUGAUCUCACUUAUGGAGGAUCAACUAAUGGUCCUGGAGCAGCUGGGGAUUUCCGCAACCUUUUUAAACGCCUCCAGCAGUAAGGAGCACGUGAAGUGGGUUCAUGCUGAAAUGUUGGCUCACGGUUCUCAGCUCAAACUGAUUUAUGUGACACCAGAGAAGAUUGCCAAAAGCAAGAUGUUCAUGUCCAAGUUGGAGAAAGCUUACCAAGCAGGAAGGCUGACGCGCCUUGCGGUGGAUGAGGUCCAUUGCUGUAGCCAGUGGGGACAUGACUUCAGGCCUGAUUACAAGUUGCUUGGUAUUUUAAAGCGGCAGUUUCCCACUGUGCCUUUGAUCGGGUUGACGGCGACUGCGACCAGUCAUGUCCUGCAGGAUGCGCAGAAAAUUCUGUGUGUUCAGAUGUGCGUCACCUUCACUGCGUCGUUUAACCGGCCCAAUCUGUACUAUGAGGUUCGGCAAAAGCCUCCGAAUGCUCAGAGUUUAAUGGAGGAUAUUGUUAAGCUCAUCAACGGAAGAUACAAAGGCCUUUCAGGAAUCAUCUACUGCUUUUCCCAAAAGGAUGCGGAGCAAAUUACCAUGAGUUUACAAAAACUUGGGAUCAAGGCCGGCACUUAUCACGCGAACAUGGAACCUAAAGAUAAGAGCAAAGUUCACAAGCGGUGGUCAGCCAAUGACAUCCAGGUUGUAGUGGCCACUGUUGCUUUUGGGAUGGGAAUCGAUAAGCCGGACGUAAGAUUUGUAAUUCAUCAUUCAAUGAGCAAGUCUAUGGAGAACUACUACCAAGAGAGUGGGCGUGCAGGUCGGGACGACCAGAAAGCUGAUUGCAUCUUGUAUUAUGGUUUUGGGGACAUGUUCAGAAUCAGUACCAUGGUGGUGAUGGAAAACGUCGGGCAAGAGAAGUUGUACAACAUGGUUUCCUAUUGCCACAACAUGAGCAGGUGUCGCCGGGUACUGAUAGCUCAUCAUUUUGAUGAAGCUUGGGACUCCGCCCACUGCAACAAGAUGUGUGACAACUGCUGCCGAGAGGAGCCGGUCGACAAGAUGGAUGUGACCGGGCAUUGCAGGGACCUCGUCAAGAUUUUAGAGCGCGUGGACCACGCGAAAGAGAAAUUCACUCCACUGAAGCUGGUCGAUGCCUGGCUAGGGAAGGGGUUGUCCAAACUGGGAGUAGAUGUCGUUGCUCCCAAACUUUCCCGUGACACGCUAGAGAGAAUCGUUGCCCAUCUGAUACUACAGCGCUAUCUGAAGGAAGACUUCAGUUUCACAGCGUUUGCUACAAUAUCCUACGUGAAGAUAGGGCCGCGAGCUGAUCUCCUGAAAAACAAGGCACACAUUAUCACUAUGGAAGUGGUAACGAGAGGCAAAAAUAGUAUGAAGGUCCAGUCACCUGCAGUACGUAGCUUGGGAAGCCCAAGUGGGGAGAAAUGUAAAACCUCGCCCCCCAAAAAGGAAGGGGGGCGCAAAAGAACUCCUUCAAAACACCAUUUCCAAGCAAAAAAGUACAAACUUCAAGCAGAUGAAGAGGACGACGACAAGCUGAUGAUCAUUGAAGAUUAA